AUGACACGCAACAUCCUCAUCGCGGUGCUGCGCAACGACCUGCGCCUGCACGACCAUCCCAUCUUUCACCUAUGCUCCGAACCCUCGCCACCAUCAACGCCGUUCAAGCAACCCGUAACGCACGUCCUUCCGAUCUACGUCUACGACCAGCGGCACAUCGAGGUGUCCGGGUUCCCCUCGCUCCUCAAAGCCACCUCCUCUGGUGGGGGCAAAGGAUCCACGCAGUACGCAAAGACGCGCGAGCUGGGGCUCUGGCGCACGGGCAUCCACCGGACCAAGUUCAUCAACGAAAGCGUGUUCGACCUCCGCGAUCGACUACGGUCUAUCGGGAGCGAUCUGGGACUGUUCGCGGGGACGCCCGAGAGCGUCGUGCGUGCGCUGGUGCGCGAGAUCCGCGACAAGGGCGAUACGGUGGAAGCCGUGUUCCUGGGCAGGGAGAUCAACACGGAAGAAGUCAACGUGCAGAAGCGGCUCGAGAGGAUUCUGAACGACCUGCAGUGCCCCUUCAAGCUGUUUGAGGGCAAAUCUCUAAUCCACUCGCGCGACUUGGGUUUUGCGGUCAAACAGCUCCCAGACGUGUUUACGCAUUUCCGUAAGCAGGUCGAAGGACCGGACAUUUUCACAGCCCCUCUACCGGCGCCCACCAAGCUCAAGCCGUUCCCCGCCGUCGACGUCGCCGACGCCGAGGGCGUGUACGCGCUCUCCAGCUCCAGGCGCCUCGACAGCAAGCAGGAGGUGGAGAAGCACCUCCUCCAGCCGCUGCUCGACGAGCCCGUGCUAGGACACACCGAGCAGCUUGCGAAAGUGCUGCGCGACGGGGUCGUCGAUGUCCCGCACUCGGCGUUCCCGUACAAGGGUGGUGAGACGGAAGCACUCAAGCGUUUGGACCACUACUUCGGCGGGGGCAAGAGUUCGCCGGGUGCAUCAUACAAGGAGACGCGCAACCAGAUGCUAGGGGCGGACUACAGCACCAAGUUCGCUGCUGCCCUGGCUCACGGCUUGCUGUCCCCGCGUCUCAUCGCUCAAAAGGCGAAGGAGCUAGACGAAGCAACGGGAAACGCAAACAACAAGGCCGGUGGAUACUGGAUCAUCUUCGAGCUCCUCUGGCGCGACUACUUCUACUUUGUCGGGUGGAAGUUUGGCUCACACCUCUUCACGCUCGGCGGGAUCGAGGAGGAGCUGGCACCCAAAUCCGCCUCCUCGAAAGCGUACGACUGGAAGACCUCGGCGUCGCUAACGGAAAAAUCCGACCCGUUUGUGCGCUGGGCCACCGCGACCACAGGCGUACCCAUGAUCGAUGCCAACAUGAUCGAACUCGUCCAGACCGGCUUCAUGUCCAACCGCGGUCGCCAGAAUGUCGCCAGCUUUCUGACCAAAGACCUGGGCUGGAACUGGCAGCACGGCGCCGAAUUCUUCGAGAGCUGGCUCGUCGAUUACGACCCCAACUCCAACUGGGGUAACUGGCAGUACGUGGCCGGUGUGGGCAACGACCCGCGCAGCUCGCGGCAGUUCAACCCCAUCAAGCAAGGAAAGGACUACGAUGCACGCGGCGAGUACGUCGCGACCUGGAUACCGGAGUUGAAGAACGUACCGGAACAGUAUCGUCAUCAUCCGUGGACGCAAGAGGGCGGGGCGAAGGUGGAUGGUUAUCCGAGUAGGCCGAUGAUCGAACAGCAGAUGUGGAAGAAGCAUUAUUCGAACGCUGGCGGAGCAAGUGGGAAUGGGCAGAGGAACGGUGGGGGUGGAAGAGGAGGAAGUGGUGGUGGUGGAAAAGGUAACGGUCGAGGCGGACGGGGUGGAUUCAGAGGCAGGCGUGGCGGCGGCGGCGGUGGUGGUGUUGGUGGUGGUGGACAGCAGAACAAGCGAUCAUAG